AUGGGAGACCUGAAGUUUGGGUUUGAGGAAAUGCAGGGAGUGAGGCUGGGAUACCUGCUGAUAAAAGGAAAACAAAUGUUCGCCCUCUCCCAGGUCUUCACCGACCUGCUGAAAAAUAUUCCCCGAACCACCGUGCAUAAACGCAUGGAUCACCUGAACGUUAAAAAACACCACUGUGAUUUGGAGGAGUUAAGAAAGCUCAAAGCAAUCAAUUCUAUUGCUUUCCACGCGGCUAAAUGUACUCUGAUAUCACGGGAGGACGUAGAGGCGCUUUAUUUCUCCUGCAAAACGGAGCGCGUGUUAAAAUCCAACAAAAGAAAAGCAAAGAAGGCCAGUUUACCGGAGGGUGUGGGCGAAGGCAAGCUCAACGCAGACACGCACCCUGCCGGGUUAUGGAGGGAGAAAGUUUGGUUAAGUUUGCACAGCGUUCCACAGACUCUGUCCCUCAAAAACAAAGCCGGCAGGAGAGAACAACCAACUUUGCGCCCCGACUCCAAUCUACCUCAAAUUUACAAUAAAUCCCUCGGUCGGGAUUACUCCUCUGUCACCAAAUCAUCAUGUAAACCCUUUAAAAACUAUGAAACUGCUCAAAUACCGAGCAAUUGCGUCGCAUUUAGCCAGGGACACUCGUUUUUCCGGAGCGUGGUGAGCCGGCAACCACUGUUGUUUCAGUCCGCCAUUGCUGCUCAGUCCAGGCUCUCUGCAACCGGCGACCUACUUCACAAAAGGAAGAGGAGGCGCGAGGGGGGCGGCGGCAGGGAUAUGGGCAGCAGCGGCGCGAGGCAGUCAUGGAGCAGGAGCAGACACACACACUCACACACUCACUCUCACACACACCACCCGGUGCUCCUCGUGCAGCCCAAGUGCUGCAGAAAGCCCAAAACACACUACAACCACAACCGGACAACUCUGAGCCAUUUUGACAUUGGACACGAGUUUUACCUCGACCACCACGCUCACCAUCAUCGUCACCCGCAUCAACAUGUGGGGGGGUUCCCGGAGAGCUACAGCAGUGACACGGAGUCCAGUUGCUACUCAGAGCGCCUCAACAGCGACUCCGACUUCGGCUCCAGUUUAUCGACCAGCAGCAAUUCUGGGACCUCUGAUGAGGAGGAUGAAGAGGAGAGCCCAUUGGAGAGCUCUGAGGUCAGUUCUGAUGAGGAGAGUUCAUCUCAGUCUGACAGCAGCUCUGUGUCCAGCCAAGUGUCUGUCCAGUCUAUCCGCUUCAGGAGGGCCCGAACUCUAUCAAACAGUAGAACUAUCUCGCACACUAACGCACCUUUGCUCCUGCAGCCUACCUUCCACUACAGCCACCAGCAGCAGCCAUCUAAACCGAUGGGCCAGUUUGGAACCAGCCAGGUGGACUAUGACAUUCCGAAGAAACAACCGAAAUAUGACUUUACAGCCAGGGAGGCCAAGCAGGACACACACACACACAGGCUCAGCUCGCCUGUCACCCGGGGGAGUUAUUUCACUAAGAGGAGAGACAGGAAGGUUCCUGAGUCCCAGGUCCAGACCCAACGAGAGAUAAAGCGAACCGAGCCUGUGUCCAGAAAAGUGUACGCACUGAGCCCCUCACCUAACACCAACGGGAUAAAAGCGGUUCUUCCACACAGGACAACGGGACACGCAAAAAAAAUCCUCCCAGUCCUGAGCUCACACUCCGCGCCUGACAAAGACACAAAGUACCCCAAGCCUACAAACAACAAGAUUUCAUUAGCUACAAAUCUAAAAAGUGAGGUGAGAAUCAGCCCCAACCUGAAACUGCCCUUUCUGCUCAAAACCAUUAAGGCCGAGCCGGAGGAGCUAUCAGUGGCCUCGGGUCCCCUCCCUGGGCGCAGCAGGGCGGUCAAGACUCCCCCCUUCAACCUGCAGAAUGUGAAAAUCAAAGUGGAGGAGAGCUAUGAUGAAUACGAAUACUACAGCCAGGCCUCUGGUUUCCAAUGCAAAGGAGACGAGGCGGAUAUCAACAAUGGCCAAUACCACGGCGGCGACAUCAAACAAGCUGCUGGCUGUUUUAACAACGAGACCAAAGCCAUUGAAAGUUCUGCUGGGGCUCCCAAGUCCUCCUCCGGCUUGCAGGAAUGCGGGAGCACUCAAGACACCCCUUGUCCUGAGGAGGGGGAGUAUAAAAACGGAGCUGGGUUCAGGAAAAACUACAGGAGUCUGGUGCUGGGGAAGAAGCCUGGAAUUUCGAGGGUGCAGCAGAAACAGAACGUGUCUAAAGUUGACAGGACUUUAUCUUCUCGUCCCGUGGGCAAAGCUGAGAUUUGUGAGGCAAAUACUGAGGAUCUAACAGGGGCGACUAAACGAAAACGCGCGUCCAGUAAUGUAGCAGCCCCUCUGAAGAGGCCUUUCAGCUUCAUGGCGAAUUUCCCCGCUCCUCCGUCCCUGUUAGUGGGCAGCGACGGGGAUUUAAGCCCUGCUUACUCUCUGAACUCUCUGGGGGGACCCCGAACUCCCCCUCGCUCUCACCCCGUGUGGCGAUGGCAGCCUGGCGGUCUGCCUGUCCCUCCCCCACCCGCUCAGAGAAUCAGGAAAUGUUCACGCUUUUUUCUUUGACAAAAACAAGAGAAAGAAAAAACACCUGGAUGGAAACCUACGUUGACUACAACUUGAGUCUUAAACUGAAUGGGAGGCUCUAAUGGCUUGCGUCCUUCCGUUGUUUUUAUUUAAAUUGUAUCCUUUAUAUGAUGUAGUGGAUUUAAAACGUUCCUCGUUGUGGAGUUAUAGAUCAGUUAUAUAUACUGCUAUUCUCCAUAUCGCGCGGACCAUAUUUGAGACUCUAUACCCAUGCCACUGGACGAUCCCUCCUCAUGGAUUUAUUCUGACUAACUCUCAACAAGCUAUCUACCAUAAGCAAUAGGCUACACGGUUUGGCAAAAUGGGUUUACAUGACUUUCUCUCGGAUCUAUUUUCUCUUCGCCUUGACGCUCGAGCGGUUGGAUUGUACCAGGGUUUCAGUGAAGUAAACAUUUUGUUGUGCUGUAGGCCUACUCCCUUUGUGGUGAGAGAAAGAGAGGGGGAGACUCCCUCUCAUAAAAAUCACAGCACUCCUAUAUGUUGGUCUUCUUUACUGUAUUUUUUUCAGCUUUAACUUGGGUAAAAUUGGGUAAAUUCAACAGAUUCAGGGUUUUCCUUUGGUAACAUGGUUAGGGCUACUACUAUUGUCUGUCACAUUAGUCCUAUUAUGAGCCGUGGUUGUUUUUUUCACUAUAGGAUUUUUAAAACCUUGUAGAAACCCUCGUUUCAAUUUUUAUUUUAUGCUUGCCAGAGUUUGGGUAAAUUUUAUCUAAAUUUUAUCUAAUUCAGAUAACUGUUUUUGAAUUCGAUUUCAAAUGUCAAUUAAUUUAUCAAAGCAAGUCCUAAUUCAUAAUGUUCUUUGGACAGGCUAUAUUAAAUUAGGAAGAAUUGUGUGGGAAAUUA